AAAUACAUAUAUAUAUGUAUAUUUUUCAUUUAAAUAAAAUCAAAAUUAAAAAACCAUUAAUGACAUCGAUUUUUGUUGGUGGUGGAGACAAAGAUAGCAUUAACUGAGUCAACAUUACAAUAUAUUAGUCGACAUAAAAUAAAGAAAACAUAUUUAAAUCAAUUGCUAGCUUUUUAAGUUACAUAUAUCUUGAGUUUACAAAGCAUGAAAAAAUAUAACUUCCUCAUGUCUCGUGACUUGCUACACUAAAUGUUACAUUAGGGUGAAAUUACCUAAUGUCUUUAUUAAUUAAAAGCAUAGCGGAAAUUUAUACGAUUGAAGAAAACAAACAUGCAAAACAAUCAUAAGAUAUUAAUAGAAAGUUAAACAAAAACUUUAUGUUAGUGGAUACAUUUAAGAAUAAAGCUUACAGGAACGUUUUAAACAAAUUAAAAGCUUUGAUCAAUAUAUACAACGUUGUUUUAUGAAUAUUAGUCAAAUGAAGUCAGCAUACGAAGCAUAAUGGAAAGAAAGUAUAAAAUAAUCAAAACCCAUCUGCUAGGAAGCGGUUCAUACGCAAAUGUAUAUUUGUGUCAAAAAAAGUUUUCAAGAAAAAAAUUUGCGGCAAAGGUCAUAGAGGUUAAUGGAGAUAAUAGACUUAGACUUGAAACAGAGAAUGAAGUAGAGAUACUGUUAGAACUACGUCAUCACAUAAAUGUUGUACAUUUAGUUGACGUCAUACGAGAGCCAUCAAAAAUUAAUAUUAUAAUGGAAUACGUUGAUGGAAGUUCAUUUUUAGCUGGAGUUUUUAAAUGGCCUCAGUUUGAUGAGAGCUGCGCUAAAAAAACAAUUAAGCAAAUUUUGUCCGCUCUUCAAUUUUGUCAUUCCAAGAGAAUCGUUCAUAGAGAUGUUUGUCCCGAAAAUAUAUUGUGGUGCGACGUGCCAACCCAGUUAUAUCCUCAUAAAAAACCGUUAUUAAAGUUGAUUGAUUUUAAUCUUGCACGUAAAAUACCCGAUGAACUUGAAUUUUUACGAUCCGAUCCACUUGGAAACUCGUCGUAUAUGGCACCGGAAUGUUUAAAAGAGCCACCUAUAGUUUCGUUUUCGUCAGAUAUUUGGAGCGUUGGGAUAAUUAUAUUUUUAUUGCUGGGAGGAUAUCCACCAUUUUGGAAUAAAAACUAUAACUAUCUCCUUCAAAAUAUAUUAGAAGCAAACUAUGCAAUGCCAUCAAACUUAUGGAAAGGUGUUUCAAAUGAAGCACAGGAUUUAAUAAAAAGAACGCUAAAUAAAGACUACAGAUUUAGAGGAAAUGUUGAUGACGUCUUAUCUCACUCGUGGUUCAAUGAUUAUAAAGAGCAAAGUAAUUAUGUCCUUGAGAGUCCCAGCCGUUUAAACGCAUUUUUGAAAAACUUAGAAGAAGAGAAGAAAUGUGGUAAAAAUCGUGUAUACAGCCUAGUGCUUGAGGAAAGAGAACCGUUCAUUCCUGGUAAAGAAAUUGAAUUUUUUGAGAACAUCGACGAAGGCUUAGAAAGGUUAAAAAAGUGUAGCAGUUACAAUAUUUAAUGUUAUUUUCAGUGUUAUAUAUUGUUAUUUUCAGUGUUGAGUUUUAUUUAUAUAUA